AUGUCUCCCUCGACAUCAGCCCCCCAACCCGCCCACCUCAAAGCGACUUACACCUCGCCGACAAAUGCCCCUCUCGAGGUCUCGACCCCACUCGCGACCUUCCCCACGGACCCGGCCUCGGUCGACCAGAAGACGGCAUACCUAGGUGCGCUGCGGAAGGCAACCACGGCGCUGCAGGAGUGUAUCAACAUCGAGUUGACGGCGCGCAUGGAGGAGGACAAUGCGCGGGACGCGGACAGUACCGCGACUGGAAAGACGGGAAAGACAACCGACGUCGACGACGUGGCCGAGGAGGAUAAUUAUGGCGAGGAAGUACAGGGGGGAGACGACUGA